CCUUAGGAUCGACUCGCGCUUGUGAUCAACCGUCUCAUGCUCCGGAGGUUUCGUUCAACCCCCUUCGCCUCCGCUGAAGCCUAGGUCAUCGAGCGAAAUUUACGAAAACCUUUCCCAAGAAUUCGAAAGGAAGGCUUCGAUCGUAAAAUCUUUUGCUGUUGCUGCACGGGACCUUACCCGCUAAAAUCUUCUUCGCCCCCUUCACGAAAUUUCGACGACGUUCUUCCUGUUGGAUCGGAAGUAAGGACGGGAGCUCGCUCGCUGCGAAGGUAACGAUAGUUCUUCCUUCCUCGCACUUCUUCGGCAAAAUCCGCCAAAGAGCCGGAUUUACGAAAACCGGGAUUUAGGGCAAAAAUUUCGAAAAUGUCGUGAAGUAGAGCUGAGACGCCGCACGCCCUUUUAAUCUUGUUGAUCCGACCACUCAGGAUUUUGCAAAUCACGUCAAAUCUUAAAGCGGAGGGAGUAACGGGAUGUCUCGCCACCGAGAAGACGAUUAUGAAGAGGAGGAGGAUGAUGAAGAGAUAGAGGAAGAAGAGGACGAAGACUUCAGGAGGAGGACAGGUGGGAGGAAGCGUGGUCGGUCCGAUUUCAUUGACGAUGCAGCCAUAGAGGACGAUGAUGACGAGGAAUACAAGGAUGAAGAGGACGAGGAUGAGGAGCUAUACGGUGGCCGCGGCCAGAAACAUCGGAAGAGGGGUUCUGAGUUCUUCGACCUUGAGGCCCAGGUCGAUAGUGACGAUGAGGAAGAGGAAGACGAGGAGGCCGAAGACGAUUUUAUUAAUGAUGCUGGAACUGACUUGCCUGAUGAAAGUCGUGGUAGAAGAGCACAUCGUCCAUUGAAUAUGAUGCCAGAGGAUCAAGAGGAUGUUGAAGAGAUGGAGAGGCAAGUUUAUGAAAGAUAUGCAAAGUCAAGUCACAUUGAAUAUGGUGAGGAUGCCACUGAGGUUGAACAACAAGCUCUACUGCCGUCGGUAAAAGACCCCAAGUUGUGGAUGGUGAAAUGUGCUAUUGGUCGUGAGCGUGAAACUGCAAUAUGCCUCAUGCAAAAGUUUAUAGACAGGCCUGACCUGCAGAUUAGAUCAGUGGUUGCAUUGGACCAUCUUAAAAAUUACAUAUAUGUUGAAGCUGAUAAAGAAGCCCAUGUGAAGGAGGCUUGUAAGGGUUUGCGCACGAUAUAUAGUUCAGCUAAGGUGAUGCUAGUUCCUAUCAAAGAAAUGACGGAUGUUCUUUCUGUUGAAAGCAAAACUAUUGAGAUUUCCAGGGACACAUGGGUUAGGAUGAAACUUGGAAUUUAUAAAGGAGACCUUGCCAAGGUUGUUGAUGUAGACAAUGUGCGACAAAAGGUGACAGUGAAGCUAAUUCCAAGAAUUGAUUUACAACAUCUUGCUAAUAAGUUGGAAAAUAGAGAUGUGGUUAAAAAGAAAGCAUUUGUUCCCCCACCUCGGUUUUUCAACAUUGAUGAAGCUAGGGAGAUGCAUAUUCGUGUGGAGCGCAGGAGAGAUAAAGAUACUGGGGAAUAUUUUGAAAUGGUUGAAAACAUGAUGUUCAAGGAUGGUUUUCUUUAUAAAACAGUGUCAAUGAAAUCAAUCCGCUCUCAGAAUAUACAACCAACUUUUGAUGAACUAGACAAAUUCCGAAAACCUGGGGGUGAUGGUGAUGGCGAUGGUGAUGCUGACAUGGCUAGUUUAUCAACUUUAAUUUCAAAUAGAAAGAAAGGCCAUUUCAUGAAAGGAGAUGCAGUUGUAGUUGUACGAGGAGAUUUGAAAAAUUUAAAGGGAUGGGUUGAAAAAGUUGAAGAAGAUACUGUUCACGUCAAGCCUGAGAUGGCUGGCUUACCAAAAACUUUGGCUUUCAAUGAGAAGGAACUCUGCAAAUAUUUUAAAUUAGGAGAUCAUGUGAAAGUUGUCUCGGGAGUGCAAGAAGGUGCAACUGGUAUGGUUGUGAAGGUUGAUGGCCAUGUGCUGAUAAUUGCAUCAGAUACCACAAAAGAAGAUAUCCGUGUUUUUGCAGAUAACGUUGUUAAGAGCUCUGAAGUUACUUCUGGAAUUACAAAAAUGGGGGAUUAUGAGUUGCAAGAUCUUGUCCUUCUUGUCAACAUGUCAUUUGGUGUGAUUAUACGUGUGGAGAGUGAAGCUUUUCAGGUACUUAAGGGAGUUCCUGAUAGACCCGAAGUUGUACUUGUUAAGUUGAGGGAAAUAAAGAGUAAACUUGAGAGACGUACCAAUGCACAAGAUAAUAGAAAAAAUAUAGUCUCUGUGAAGGAUAUUGUUAGAGUCCUCGAGGGACCAUGUAAGGGGAAGCAAGGACCCGUUCAACACAUUCAUAGAGGAAUCCUGUUUAUUCAUGAUCGGCAUCACCUUAAGCAUGCAGGUUUUAUUUGUGUGAAAGCACAAUCGUGUAUCGUUGUUGGUGGAGACAAUGUUAAACAUGGUGGUGAUAAGUUUGAUGCAAGAUUUGGUUUGAGGCCUUCAUCUCCUUACCUUCAAUCUCCAAGAAGACCACCUAGAGGACCUAUGGAUCGUGGUGGAAGGGAUAAUAGAGGUGGUGGACGAGGAAAUGAUGCUUUAGUUGGAAGAACUAUUAAAAUUCGUUCAGGGCCUUUUAAAGGAUAUCGUGGUCGUGUUGUGGAGGUCACUGGUUCCUUUGUUCGCAUCGAAUUGGAUUCACAAAUGAAGAUAGUUGCAGUCAAAAGAGAUGAUAUCUCGGACACACCAGGUUCUGCAACCCCUUUCCGUGAACCUUCUCGAUAUGGUUUUGGAAGUGAGACACCCAUGCAUCCAUCUCGAACACCACUUCACCCAUAUCAAACUCCUAUGAGAGAUGCUGGAGCAACUCCCAUCCAUGAUGGCAUGAGGACACCUAUGCGGAACCGAGCAUGGGCUCCCAUGAGUCCUCCAAGAGAUCAUUGGGAGGAUGCAAAUCCUGCUUCUUGGGUUGGUACUCCGCAAUACCAGCCUGGAACUCCUGCCCGGUCAUAUGAAGCACCUACUCCAGGAUCUGGUUGGGCAAACACUCCAGGUGGUAAUUACAGCGAUGCCGGAACUCCUGGAGAAAGCAGUCCCACAUAUGGAAAUGCCCCAAGCCCUUAUCUUCCAUCUACUCCAGGCAUGCAACCAAUGACACCUAAUUCAGCAAAUUAUCUUCCUGGAACUCCUGGUGGGCAGCCAAUGACCCCUGGAAACAUUGGACUGGAUAUUUUGUCACCCGCAAUGGGUGUUGAUAAUGAAGGAAAUUGGUUCUUUCCCGAUGUUCUUGUUAACGUCAUGAGGCCAGGAGAAGUCCCUUGUGUUGCAGUUGUCAGAGAGGUGUUGAUGGAUGGUUCUUGUAAAGUGGCUCUUGGUACAACCGGGGAUGGGGAUAUAAUCACAGCCCACCCGGCAGAUAUGGAGGCUGUGAGGCCUAGGAAGUCUGAUAAGAUAAAGAUAAUGAAUGGGGCACUGCGUGGAAUUACUGGAAAGCUUAUUGGAAUUGAUGGUGCUGAUGGUAUAGUGAAGAUGGAUGACACAUACGAAGUCAAGAUAUUAGACAUGAACAUAUUAGCAAAAUUGGCUGUAUAAAUAAUGUGGCGGAUUUAGGCAGAGGUAUUUGAUUCUUUAAUGUUUGUUAGAAAUGAGCGUUUAUAAUCUUAGAAGCCAUGCAUGAUCUAAGUGAGGUGCCAUGUCCAUUAAACUCCAGAUUAUAUUGUUAUAGUGCUGCCUCGGAAAUCUGGUGUUUUUGUAUUUAUGGCAUUAGAAGAAAUACUUGAUGCUUACGAGCACAACAAGAUAUGUGAGAAUUGUAACGCACUAUAAACAUUGUCCAAAGUAAGGGAAUUAGUUUGUUGUACAUUUGAGGAGGUUGUGAGUUACUGUGCUUGCAUCGAAUCUAAACUUUUAAAGCUAUAUGUAUCCCAUUGAUUGAUGGCUAUCCCAAAUCUUUCUUAUUGGAGUCUCA